AUGAAGAUUAAAGAGACAAAGAAGAAGCAACUGAAGCAGAAAGAUCAGCAUCAAGUAGAGGAAUUACAAGCAAUGGGAUUUCCAGUAUUGGGUUGGCAAGAAUAUCAAUUUCAAGAGGUCUGUCUUCCUGCAUUAAGGACAUAUCUUGACUUAUAUGGAGAUUUAUUUGUACCACAAAAGUUUAUUGUACCAGAAGAUGAUGGCGAGAGGAAUAAAGAGGAGACAGGACUGUGGCCACGAGCGACAAAAGGAUAUAAAUUAGGAUUGGCAGUCGCCAAGAUUCGUAAACAAGUCCAACAGGAGAGACAGCGUGUUGAACACGUGAAGGAAAAGAAGAAAAAAACGAGAUUGAGUGCACUUUUACCACCAUUACCAAUGAAACAAGUGGAAGCAUUGAAUGAAUUGGGAUUUGUAUGGAGCGUACGAGAUACAAAAUGGUAUGAGUUUUUUCUGCCAGGUUUACGACGAUAUCGAGAAUUACAUGGACAUGCCAAUGUACCACUGGCAUUUACAGUUCCGUCUCAUGAUGUAGAUUCCAGAUGGCCAAAGAAACUACAAAGAUACAGGUUAGGACAACAUGUAUAUAUGGUACGAUCAGGAAAAUAUGCGACCCAAGUUCGUGAGAGUCAACAAGAGCUAGAAGAAUUGGGAUUUUCAUUUCGACUUGGUGAUAAAGCGUGGGUAGAAAGUAUCUUUCCUGCACUUGAAGUGUUUUCAUCGAAAUAUGGUCACUGUGAUGUGUGGCAAGAUUUUGUGGUGCCUUCGGAUGAAUCUUGGCCGAAGGACUCGUGGGGAUUGAAAUUGGGAGACACAGUCAAGAAUAUCCGACGUGGAGCUUACGAUACUCAGAUACAAGCGGCUCGCAAAGACCUUGAUGCUCUAGGUUUUGUUUGGAAUGCACGCCACCGGUUGGAAAAGAUUGUGCGUAGCGUAGUGAUUCCGGCAUUGACAACGUACAAGAGACUCCACGGCAACAAUGCCGCUAUGACAACGGACUUUGUAGUACCUGAUCGUGAUCCGAACUGGCCAGUGCUCACGCGUGGCUUUAAACUCGGUCAGUGGAUUGCCCGAGUACGCUCAGGUCAAGUUAAGCUUUCGUCCAAACUGCGUUCAGAGCUGGAUAAGGUUGGCUUUGUGUGGCGUUUUAACGACCAGCGCUGGAAUGAUAUUUUAUUGCCAGCCUUCCGAGCGUAUGCUGAGCUACACGGCGGCACUUGCGCAUCGAUGAAUACGAAAUUCUGCGUGCCAGCUGAAGCACCGUACCCCCGUUCGACCUGGGGCGUAAAUCUAGGUGGCGCCCUGUGGCAUAUUCGCAAUGGCGACUCAUACGUCAAUUGUGAAGACAAGCAGCGAAAACUGCGUGAGCUUGGUGUCUUGGUAGAGAAUGCCGUGGCUUAA